AUGGGGAAGAAAAAGAAAUGUGCUUUACAGGUCAUCAUGGAAGAUGCUGGAAUAGAGAUUGAUGGACAAGUCGAAAGUGACACAGAGAGCGAAGAUCAAAAGGAGUCAGAAAACAAGGGAAGGAAAACAAACAAGAAAGGAAAGGAAGGGGAGAACAAACAGAAGACAGACAGGAAAAACAGUACUACUUCUGCUUCUUCCAACUCAUCCGACGAGGAGUCGCUGUCAGAGGAAGAGCUCGCAAUGCUGAUGGAGCAGGUGGAGCAAAAGAAAAAACUGAUUUCCACCAUGAGGAACAAGCCCUGGAGGAUGGUGGAGAAGCUCUCGGUGCUCAGGGAGGCACAAGCUUUUGUAGAGAAGUUUGAAGGAGCUCUGGGAAAAGGGAAAGGCAAAAAGUUGUACGCAUAUAAGAUGAUGAUGGCAAAGAAAUGGGUGAAAUUUAAGAGAGACUUUGACAAUUUUAAAACCCAGUGCAUACCCUGGGAGAUGAAGAUAAAAGAAGUGGAGAGUCACUUUGGCUCCUCAGUCGCCUCCUACUUCAUAUUUCUGCGGUGGAUGUACGGAGUAAAUCUUGUUCUUUUUGGAUUAAUAUUUGGACUGGUUAUAAUUCCAGAGGUCCUGAUGGGAAUGCCAUACGGGAGCAUGCCAAGGAAAACCGUACCCCGGGCUGAACAAGCAACAGCUAUGGAUUUUUCAGUUCUUUGGGAUUUUGAGGGCUACAUCAAAUACUCGGCGCUCUUUUACGGCUACUACAACAACCAGCGGACAAUUGGCUGGUUAAAAUACAGGCUACCAAUGGCAUAUUUCAUGGUGGGGAUCAGCAUAUUCGGCUACAGCCUGAUGGUUGUUAUAAGAUCGAUGGCACGCAAUGCCAAUGAAAGUACAGCAGACGGGGACGAUGACAACUUCAUUUUCAGCUGGAAAAUGUUCACCAGCUGGGACUACCUCAUUGGCAACCCAGAGACAGCGGACAACAAGUUUGCAUCCAUCACCACCAGCUUCAAGGAGUCUAUUGUGGACGAGCAAGAAAGCAACAAGGAUGAGAACAUCCACCUGAGGAGGUUCCUGCGGGUUUUGGCCAACGUCCUCAUCAUAUGCUGCUUGUGUGGGAGUGGCUACCUCAUUUAUUUCGUGGUGAAACGCUCCCAGACGUUUUCCAAAAUGCAAAACAUUGGGUGGUAUGAAAGAAAUGAGGUUGAAAUUGUGAUGUCCUUGCUGGGCAUGUUUUGCCCUCCGCUGUUUGAAACCAUUGCUGCACUAGAAAAUUACCAUCCCCGCAUUGGGCUGAAGUGGCAGCUAGGGCGGAUCUUCGCGCUCUUCCUUGGGAACCUCUACACGUUUUUGUUGGCCUUGAUGGAUGAUGUCAAUGAAAAACUGGCUGAAGAAGAUGUGGUGAAGAACAUCACGCACUGGACGCUGCUUGGCCACCACAACUCGUCCGUGGGGAAUGGCAGCACUGCCACGCCACCUCCCCUUGAUCCUGCAGAUGUGCCCAGGGGGCCCUGCUGGGAGACAACCGUCGGCAUUGAGUUCGUAAGGCUCACCGUGUCUGAUAUCCUGGUGACCUACAUAACCAUCCUGGUGGGAGAUUUCAUCCGAGCUUGCUUCGUCAGAUUUGUGAAUUACUGUUGGUGCUGGGACCUAGAGGCUGGAUUUCCAUCCUAUGCCGAGUUUGACAUUAGCGGCAAUGUUUUGGGUUUGAUCUUCAACCAGGGAAUGAUUUGGAUGGGAUCCUUUUACGCACCAGGGCUCGUGGGUAUAAACGUGCUGCGCUUAUUAACCUCCAUGUAUUUUCAGUGCUGGGCUGUCAUGAGUAGCAAUGUCCCUCAUGAACGAGUCUUCAAAGCAUCCAAGUCUAAUAAUUUUUACAUGGGACUUUUGCUGUUGAUCCUGUUCCUCAGCCUCCUGCCUGUGGCUUACACCAUCAUGUCCCUGCCUCCCUCCUUUGACUGUGGACCGUUCAGUGGAAAGAAAAGGAUGUAUGAAGUCAUUCAAGAGACGAUCGAGCUCGAUUUCCCACUUUUUGUUGCCAAGACCUUCAGCUAUGUGGCAAAUCCAGGACUGAUCAUACCUGCAAUUCUGCUCAUGGUCCUCGCCAUCUAUUACCUGAAUGCUGUGGCUGAAGCAUAUCAGCGCGCCAAUGCAGAGCUGAAGAAGAAAAUGCAAAUGGUAAGUAUUGAUCUGGCAAAACCAUCUUUGAAAUACCAUGCACUUCAAGUUUGA